AUGAAGAGCCUGCAGCAUAUCGAGAGUUUAAGCGCGGCCUUUGAGGCCACCCAUCAACUAAUCAUCUGCACCGAGGGAUAUGCCAAGAAGAUCGCCGUCAGUUACCCAGUUACGCCGUCCUCAGCCUCUGUACCAACCGCCGUGUCGACGGCUGCCGACGCACGUGUCCAUAUGCCACAACUGCCAGUGCCCAAGUUUAGCGGAAACUCCGUAGACUGGCCUGGAUAUUAUGACGCCUUCACUCGGUUAAUUCAUCAAAAUGAGCGGCUGGGCAAUAUUCAACGGUUUCAUUUUCUCAAGGAAUCUCUGCCAGCUGGUCGAGAUUGCGAAAGUCGUCAAUUUCCUUUAACGGCCGCUAACUAUACGGUGGCAUGGGACACACUAAUUCAGUGUGCAGCCGCCUGUAACACCCUCAACGCGUCGCUGCAGGAUGGGGAUCACUGGCACGCCCAAUAUUUGACUACAAAAUUACCGAAAGAAACGCACUCCGCCUGGGAACAUCAUCUCGGGAGUCAAACACCAACAAAUCUGGAUCACCCCUCCCAUGCAACGCGACAGAAUAUCCUGUUGGCUACCGCACGGAUUAUUGUCUGCCACCCCCAGAGCGGUGCUCAAGCAUCAAUAAAUGCCCUCAUCGAUCAGCUACAAUAA